AUGACAGUCACUGCACAGCAACUCGAUGAGACUUUGUCCUCGGCCAAUUUGGCUAAGGACAAGUUUACACCCAUUGAUCAUUCCAACAUCCCGUUCGAGGAGGAAGAAUGGCCUGUUAUAAUAAUUGGCUCCAGCAUGGUUGGAAAGACUCUUGGUCUUAUUCUUGGGUAUCAUGGUAUCAAGUCGGUCUCGUUUGAUCGCCACUCCAAAGCCGGAGCUCACCCCCGGGCAGCAGGUCUCAAUUUUCGCACCAGCGAAAUCCUCCGGCAAUUGGAUUUGGAAGACUUCACUUUGGAGCAAAGUGGCAAAGAGUUCGAUCUCAACGCCGGGAUGCUCAUCAUUGAGAAACUUGUGGGUGGUAAAGUUAUAAAGCACCUUCAAGAGCAUGAUCCUGAGCAUGUGAAGAGCUUUACCCCCUCCAACUGGGUAUGGAUAUCGCAAAGAAUGUUCGAACCCAUCUUGGGCCAGAAUGCCGAGAAGUUCAACAGCGAGCAGCGCCAUGGCCACCAGGUCCUUCUCUACGAGGAACAGGAGGAUAAUGUUAUUGUCAUCGUCAAGGAUCUGAAAACUGGCAAGAUCAAAAAGUACAAAACGCCAUACGUCGUCGCAUGCGACGGCAACCGAAGUCCUACCCGCCAGAAUGAGGGUAUCAGCUGGGAUGGUCCAGGUAUUCUUCGAAACAGUCUCGGAGUCAGCUUCAAGUCAGACUUGAGUCCUUUCAUCGGCAAGAGAAUGGUUCACGGAGUUGUUUACGUGGCAAACAAGGACAUUGGAGGAGGCUUCCGACUGGAGAACGAGGGCAAGCAAGGCAUCAUCAUGGUUAACAACGUCGGAUCCAAGACCAGCUUCGAGCCCGGCACUGUCACAGCAGACGAUGCCAAACAGUAUUUCUACCAAUUGUCUGGCUUGACUCCUGAUCAGGUGGAUCCUCAGAUUGUAUCCAUGAACUACUGGACUAUGGCGGCAUACACUGCUGGACGCUUCGAGAGCAAGAGAGGUCGUGUUUUCCUCGCUGGAGACUCGGCCCAUACUAUGCCGCCAACCGGCGGCUUGGGCGGAAACACUGGGAUAGCUGAUGCUCAUAACCUCGCAUGGAAGUUGGCGUACGUCUUGUCUGGGAAGGCCACGCAUUCACUGCUUGCAACGUAUAACAUUGAGCGGCAACCGAUUGAUGAGUUUACCGUCACCCAGGCAUACAAUCGGUUCCAGAACAGAAUCGCUAUGCAACAGCCCCCAGCCUCGGAGGCCCCAGAUGAGUCUAUUGAGCUGGGGUUCAGAUAUCCUGUUGGAGGAGCAUUUGUCCCAGAGGAGAAGUACUCACCCCCCAAGGAGCUCUACGAUGAUCCAGCUUUUCCAUCAGCCGUUCCUGGAUCUCGAUUCCCUCAUUCCUAUCUCGAAGACGUAGUGUCACCCGGAAAGCCUAUCUCAACGAUUGACUUGGUAAAGAGAAACUUUCUUCUUGUCACAAUAGAUCCUGACUCCCCUUGGGCUACUGCUGCGAGUAAGGCUGCAAUGGAGAUCGAUGUCUAUACUUUGAACGCGACCUCAACCCCGUAUAGAGACAUAAAGGGGGACGUUAAGAGGAAAUGCCGUUUGAAUCCGGGUGAGGCGAUUCUGGUACGACCAGAUGGGUUCAUUGCUUGGCGAGGCACGCGGCUUGAUAAUGGACAUGAGCGGAAGUUGAAGGAUGGACUGAAUGCAGUUCUGAGAAAGUAA